UGGCAGACAGCGCAGGUCAGUAGCUGAGCGGUGGGACAGGCAGAGAGGAGUGCCUGCCAAGAUAAAAUCAUUUUCUCCGGUGACCUGCUCUCAAAAGACGGAAAACCAAUACAAUAAACGAAUGAAGCUAAGGUAGUGUGAAGAACCGCUGAACUAUUCGCGAAUUGACGCUGGUUCAGAAACGUCUCUAACAUUGUUUUGAAGGCCUGUUGCUAGCUACGAGAAUCCUCGGGCUAGCCCGGGCCGAGAGUGCGCAAGGGACCAGGACAGGGGCUCCCUAGGUUGGUUCGAUCGAGCAGGUUUUAACUGAUGCUGGCUGCCCUGUCUUAUAAUCAAACCAAGACGUAACCUCUCCUCCUCCUCCGUGGCGGAUAUAAAUCAGCGUAACUCAGUUUGACAGCUAGCUAACAUUAGCUCUCCUGUGUUUACAAGCUAACACAGCCCAAACCCUUUGAAGAAGUUGGACACUUGGGUAUAUUUGUUUUAGUUAGGAUUUGCAUAUUUGGGUGCUACCACCUGCCUGCUAGCUGGUGUUGAUUUGUAACCUUGUUGUAGUUCUGUCCACGCCGACUAAAGGUCGCCAGCACGGCAGCUAGCUAGAUCAAAAAGUCUCCUAGCUACGGUUAUCGCAUUCUUCAAGCUUAUCUACUGCUGCCCAAAGUUUGUUACCUUAUUUGAAUAGAAGGAAUAGACCACUGAGUUGAUUAACACAACUAUCUUUAACCAGUUGAAAGACCGUAAUCCGGAUGAAGGCUCACAGAGAAGUGUGGAUUUUGAUGCUCUCAGGUUUUAGAGGUGUCACCUGUUAUUCUUGGCAUUAUUAAAUCUCACACCGGGAUCCAACAUCUGCUGCACCAGAAGCAACUGAUCUGCUGUUUCGCUAUCUUGAACUGAUUUGCUCAAGAAGGAUCCUCUUCAAAACAAACCACAAUGAAUCGUUACCUGCCAGUGGCACGACAGCACUUUCUGGCUGCCCUUGCCAGCACCAGUGUGGUAGUGAAAAGUAUAAGUGCUGUGGUGGUAUUCCUCUAUCUUUUGUCAUGGGCUGUCGACACUCCAUACGCACUGGGGGUGACACCAGGCUACCUUUUUCCGCCAAACUUCUGGGUGUGGACACUGGUGACCCAUGGGGUGGUAGAGCAGCAUGUCUGGGGUGUGGUGGCCAAUGUGGGGAUCGUUAUGGCCUGUGGGCGCCUGCUGGAGCCUCUGUGGGGCGCUCUGGAGCUACUGAUCUUUUUCGCAGUGGUUAAUAUCUCUGCAGGCCUCCUGGCAGGCCUCUCCUACCUCCUCACCUAUGUUGCCACCUUCGACCUGGACUACCUGUUUGCUGUUCGUGCCUAUGGAGCAGCUGGGUUCCUGGGAGGUGUCCUGGUGGCACUGAAGCAGACCAUGGGGGAUACUACAGUGCUCAGGGUGCCACAGGUGAGACUCAAAGCAGCUCCGGCUUUGGUCCUCCUCCUCCUGGCCUUGCUCCGCCUGGCAGGGCUGCUCGACAGCUCGGCCCCCCUGGCUGCCUACAGCUAUGGUGCCCUGUCCGGCUGGGUCUACCUGCGCUUCUACCAGAGGCACAGCCGGGGCCGUGGGGACAUGUCGGACCACUUUGCCUUCGCUAGUUUCUUUCCUGAGGCGCUGCAGCCGGCCGUGGGGCUGCUGGCGGGGCUGGUCCACUCCGCCCUGGUGAAGGUGAAGGUGUGCAGGAAGAUGGUGAAGAGGUACGACGUGGGGGCGCCCUCCUCCAUCACUAUCAGCCUGCCAGGGACGGACCCACAAGAUGCAGAAAGGAGGAGACAACUGGCCCUCAAGGCUCUGAACGAGCGUCUGAAGCGUGUGGAGGACCAGUCCGCCUGGCCCAGCAUGGACGACGAAGAAGACGACGACGACGACGAGGUCAGGACCGACACACAGCCGCUCCUCCCGGGGGGGCGUGACCCCUCCUCCACGCCGAGACCAGCAGCAGGGGGACCGGUCGGAGGCUCGCUCUCCUCCACCUCCUCCUCCUCAAUGUCGCAGAGCAGCGGUGGGCCGUCCACAGGCGGAGCGCAACACCCAGAGUCCAGCAUUAUCAGCUUUGAGGAUGCACCUUCUAGAUCGUAACAAAUAGAACCCACGUGUACAGAUACGCACGCUCUGUUCGGUGUCACUGGAAGGUAUACUAGUGUAGUCAGCAUCCCUGACUAGUAUACAAAUAUGUUCAGUGACAGUGAGUAGGUAUACACUCGAUAUCCCACACGCCAACACACAACACAUCUUUGACCUGUUCAUACACACAGACCGUGCGCUCACAAACACACUGUCAAUGUCAUGAUGAAGCCCAAAGGGGGGGUAACUGUAAAGUGCUUUCAGUUCAGACAUGUUGUUUGUAAAUGGGCAAACUGGACACUUAAUUCUUCUUCCUUCUUGCAUACGGCCAGAAAUUCUGUCUGGUUCCGGACAUAAUCCGAACUUGCAGUCCUCGGUCCACUGCUUCAUGUUGUCUCUUUCUCUCGCUUUCUAAAUAAAUAACAAAAUGGG